UGAAAUAAACAGAAUUUGAAAAAGCAAAAGGCAAUGAUGCUUUUCAAGUAUAAAAUGAAUUUACUGAUGAUGCAUUUUUUCUUUGUUUUAAUAGUAGUAGUAUAUGAUACAUGAAGAUGAAUAAUACUUAUAAAGAUUUGCAUAAUCUGAGUGAGAGAACAGAGGUUUUAUAUGAUGAGAUUAGCAAUAGAAUUCGUCGCGAAGAAAUUCAUUUCUGUACACAUUGUGCUGAACAUGGUCGUUAUUGCGGAAUUGCAGACCUCACAAUGGAAGAUAAGGAGAAAUUGAUUGGCAUUCAAGACUCAUUGAAGGAUCUUCUGAACAUGCUCCAGUUCUACCAGGCAUUAGAGUCUCGGCAGCAGAGACAUCACAACGGCGCACUUGUCCGUUUGGAAGCAAGCAGAAUAUUACUGAUAGACAAAUUAAAUAAGUAUCCAACUUGGGGAAAGAAAUUAGAAGUGAUUGAGGAACUAAAAGAAUAUUUUGGCCAAGGAAUAAAAGGUGCAUUAUCAUUUUCUGAGAAUUUGGCAGAAACAAAACAGAAACAGAGUGAAAAUGAGAAAGAAAAGAAGAAUAGUUCAAGUUUUUUGGUCAUUUGCAUAAAAGGUUUAUUUAAUCCAUGGAAUUGGUAUCGUACUACAAGAAUUGCUGCCAUUGCAUUGAUCGUUAACAUUUACAGGAAUAGAAUGCAAGAUAAGAACAAAAUGCCUCUUCCAAGAUUGAAAAUUGGCUAUGCAGAUAGCCAAUUGGCUGUUUCAUAUGGAAAGGGAUAACCAUACGCGGGAAGUAACCAUAAGGGUCUAUUGUAUACAACCUUUUCCUGUACUUCUGCAAUACAUUAUUUCCACAGUUCAAAAAUCAGUGACUUCUUGAUCACAUGAUAACAACUAACAACUUUAGUAGCUAUGACAAGGGUUCCUGGAUAAUCAUAUGUACUUUUUGUUCGAUUUCGAUUAAAAGAUUUAGGUUGAAUACUUAGUCGAUCAGGUUGGCUAUAUAGAUGUUGAAAUAUUGUUUAAUAAUGUAACAUACAAAUUCAGUUAGAGGCGUGAUCAUACAUAUUGCAAAAUAUAAGAUACAGAUUCAAAUAUAAUUUCAUUUCUAUACUACAAUAUCAGAUGUAGUUUCUAAAACAAAG